AUGAAAUUCGAGAAAGAGCGAGGACCUUUAAGUGAAAGUGCUACUGAAGAAGAAGACGGGGAUGAGAAUGAUUUACUCAAUACUCAGUGUCCUCAGCAAUUAGAGCUCAGAUGGCAAACGGAAGUCAGUUCUAGCAUCUAUGCCACACCACUGAUUGCUGAUAUUAACAGCGAUGGAAAGCUUGAAGUCGUGGUUCCUUCUUUUGUUCACUAUUUGGAAGUUCUGGAAGGCUCUGAUGGAGAUAAGAUGGCAGGAUGGCCUGCCUUCCACCAGUCAACUGUCCAUUCCAGUCCUCUCUUGUAUGAUAUUGACAAGGAUGGUGUGAGAGAGAUUGUCUUGGCAACCUACAAUGGCGAGGUGCUCUUUUUCAGGGUUUCAGGCUACAAGAUGUCAGACAAGCUAGAGAUUCCUAGGUUAAAAGUGAAAAAAGAUUGGUAUGUGGGGUUGCAUGACGAUCCUGUGGACCGUUCUCACCCAGAUGUUCAUGAUGACCUUCUUGUGCAGGAAGCUCUUAUAGAAUCAAUUUCUCAUCACAAUGGGAGUUCUGUUGGACUGAACACUUCAAACCCUAAUACAUCAGAAGUUCACCCUGAAGCAUCCAACUCUUCAAACCCUGUGGUGACAGAAGACCUUCAUGACACAUCUAACUCAUCUGACGUAACAAAUAAGCAACAAAGUAAUAGCAGCCAACCAGAUGCUCAUAUUCAAAUGCCAAAUAAUAUAAGUAGCAAUUCAUCGGGUGCUGGAUUGGACAAAGCUGCUGAUGUAAAUGAAACUAAGACAGGAAGAAGACUUCUUGAAGAAGAUGUUGCAAAACACUCUAAUGAUCAUCAAUCUGAAUCUGAAGCCAAAAGCAACGAUGAAAUACAUACUGCCACUGUGGAAAAUGAGGAAGGUUUGGAAACGGAAGCCGAUUCAUCAUUUGAAUUAUUCCGAGACUCUGAUGAGCUGGCUGAUGAAUAUAGUUACGACUAUGAUGAUUAUGUUGAUGAAAACUUGUGGGGAGAUGAGGAGUGGACUGAGGCAGAACAUGAGAAAUUAGAAAACUACGUGCAUAUUGACGCACAUAUUUUGUGCACUCCGGUUAUAGCAGACAUUGACAAUGAUGGGAUCUCAGAGAUGGUUGUCGCUGUCUCUUACUUCUUUGAUCACGAGUAUUAUGACAACCCAGAACAUGCAAAGGAUCUUGGUGGUAUUGACAUUGGAAAAUAUGUUGCCGGUGGUAUUGUUGUCUUCAAUCUGGAUACGAAGCAGGUUAAAUGGAGUACGCAGCUGGAUUUAAGUACAGAUAAUGGAAACUUUCGUGCCUACAUAUAUUCUUCUCCUACAGUUGUUGAUUUGGAUGGUGAUGGGAAUCUGGACAUUCUUGUUGGAACUUCUUUCGGCUUGUUUUAUGUACUGGAUCAUAAAGGCAAAGUGAGGGAGAAGUUUCCUCUGGAAAUGGCUGAGAUACAAGGAGCCGUAAUUGCAGCCGAUAUAAAUGAUGAUGGAAAGAUCGAAAUUGUCACCACUGAUACCCAUGGAAAUGUGGCUGCGUGGACUCCACAAGGAAAAGAAAUAUGGGAACAGCAUGUUAAGAGCCUCAUUCCACAGGGGCCUAGUGUGGGUGAUGUGGACGGAGAUGGCCAUACAGAUGUCGUUGUUCCGACUAUAUCAGGGAAUAUUUAUGUGCUCAGUGGCAAGGAUGGUUCAUUUGUAAGACCAUAUCCAUACAGAACUCAUGGCAGAGUGAUGAGCCAAUUACUUCUGGUCGACUUGAGCAAAAGGCGUGAAAAGAGCAAAGGACUUACCAUUGUUGCCACUUCCUUUGAUGGAUAUUUAUAUCUCAUAGAUGGACCCACUUCAUGUGCUGAUGUGGUCGAUAUCGGUGAAACUUCAUAUAGCAUGGCCCUGGCUGACAAUGUGGAUGGUGGGGAAGAUCUCGAUCUCAUAGUAACAACAAUGAAUGGCAAUGUCUUCUGUUUUUCAACUCCUUCUCCACAUCAUCCACUUAAGGCUUGGAAGUCACACAAUCAAGGGAGGAACAAUGCUGCCUAUCGUGUCAAUCGUGAGGGGAUCUAUGUCACGCCUGCAUCUAGGGCUUUUCGGGAUGAAGAAGGCAAAAAUUUUUGGGUUGAACUAGAGAUUGUUGAUAAGUACAGAUUUCCAUCUGGAUCUCAGGCCCCAUACAAUGUCACAGUAAGUUUGCUGGUUCCUGGUAAUUAUCAAGGAGAAAGGACGAUUAAACAAAAUCACAUCUUUGAUAGUGCUGGAACUCAUCGAAUAAAGCUUCCGACUGUUGGAGUUAGGACAGCUGGUACAGUGUUGGUUGAAAUGGUUGAUAAGAACGGGAUACAUUUCUCAGAUGAGUUCUCUUUAACGUUUCAUAUGCACUAUUAUAAGCUGUUGAAGUGGCUGCUAGUCCUUCCGAUGCUUGGAAUGUUUGGUGUCCUUGUCAUUCUUCGCCCACAAGAAGGGAUGCCACUGCCAUCAUUUUCUCGGAACACUGACUUAUGA